GUCUUGCCUCUCUAUCUAAAUAUACGACUCGAGAUGGCGGGCCGGCAGAACCGUGCGACGGCAGCGCCCACAACUCAACUCGCCACCAUUUGCAUCAUGCUUCGCUCGUUCCUUGCCCUUGCUCUCUCGUCGGCUGCGCUUGUCGCGGCGCAGGAGCUGGCGCACAUGUCCAUUUCGAUCGAGUGGGCCGAUCGCUCGCAUGCCAACUCGGCGUGCCCUCGCGCCGACUCGGAGCUUGUGCGCCAGGGCCUCACCGCAUACGCCUUCCGGUCAGCGAACGACACUAGCAACGCGUGCGGACACUGCAUUCAUCUCUGGACCAACACGGCCAACGUCACGGUGCAAGUCACCGAUGUCGACGUCGCGAUCGACAACUUUUUCGACUUGGAGAUUUCGCGCAAGGCGUUUGCUGUCUUCCAGGACUACGCCGUGGCGGGCGCGAUCCGCGGUGUCAGCAGCGUCCCGGUCCCGUGCCCACCGUAGUCAACCUGUCCAAGUUGUCUGUGGUACUUCAGUGGACGUCGUGUAAUAACGACAACUUUGAUAUGUUUCUUCGUGACGCCUACA